CAAUUUAUUCAUUAGGAGAUUACGUAUGUUCCGUGGAGUGUGAGUCAGAAAUUAGGAAUGUGUAGUGUUGUCUGUUGACGUUAAUAAGAAAUAGUUACUAUUGUGUUUUGAAUAAUUUAUAGACGGGUUUGUAUUAUGAAAAGAGAUUAGCAAUUUUGUACUACACACAAUACACAAAACUAGGUUCAUUGUGCCUAAAGAAAAGUGAAUCAGUCGGCAUGGGAUUCAUUAGUUUCAUUUGGAAAAGUUUACUUAAAAUAACAUUUAUUUUCUUUCUUGUUACGUUGAUGCCCGGAUUGCCACCUUAUGUUCAGUUUACCGAGUUCAGAGUUUCCGAACCACCUCCAUUGGAAGGCUUAUUGAGUGUAAACUCAUUGUUAAAUAAUGCCGAACAGCUAUACAGUGGUAAGGUCCAUGGCCCUGAAGCGUUUGCAGACCAUAAAGGAGUUCUGUAUACAGGGCUGCAUGGAGGAGAAAUAGUGAAGUUUGUUGAUGGUAAAGUAGUACCAGUAGCAAAAUUUGGGAAACCCUGUGAUGGUUUCUGGGAAGAAACAAAAUGUGGACGACCAUUGGGAAUGAAAUUUGGCCCAGAUGGCCUUCUUUAUGUUACUGAUGCAUACUAUGGAUUGUUUAAAGUUAAUGUGAACACUGGUACAAAAACACAACUUGUGUCAGCUGAUGAACUAAUUGAUGGAAAGAUUAAUAAAAUUCCCAAUUCAGUUGAUGUCGCAGAUGAUGGUACUGUCUACUGGACAAGUUCAAGUUGCAACUUUCAUCUGAAUGAUGGUUUAUUUGAUUUGCUUGCAGAUGGAAGUGGCAGGUUAAUAAGAUAUAACCCCAAAACAAAGAGCAAUGAAGUGCUUAUUGAUGGUCUCCAUUUUCCCAAUGGUGUUGUUGUGUCUCCAAAAGAAGACUUUGUGUUGGUUGCAGAAACAACAAAAAGUCGUAUACACAGGUAUUAUGUGGAAGGCCCCAAGAAAGGAAGUCACGAUAUUUUUAUAGAUGGCCUCCCAGGUCUUCCAGACAACUUGAAAUCUGAUGGUCAAGGAGGAUUCCUAGUUCCACUGAUUGCAGUCAGAGAUAAAAAUUAUCCUAUACUCUUCCAGAGUCUUGGGCCAUUCCCUCUAAUAAGAAAGUUCAUAGCACGUAUUCUAGCUCUAUUAGAAAUGCCAUUUGAGCAGAUUAACAAUAUAUAUCCAAACUAUUAUGCUAAGAGAAUAGUUCACUGGAUUGGCCACUUCAUAUCUGCACGUGGACUUAGUGCACAGGAUACUGUUAUACUGCAGCUUGAUGUAGAUGGUAAAAUAAAGCAUAGUUAUCAUAACACAGAUGGAUCUUUAUCUGGAAUUUCUGAAGCUCAUUGGUUUGAUGGAGCAUUCUAUCUAGGUUCUCCGUACAAUACAUAUGUUGGACGAGUCAAACUAUCAUUUGCCGAGCCUCCGAAAAGCAAACAGGAACAAAAACCUGAACCUCAAAAGGAACAGCAGUCAAAACCACAGCAAGAGAGGCAACCACCACUCCCCCAGCAACAACAAAAAACCCCAUCACCACCACAACAGCAGCAAAAACCACCACCACCACAGCAACAACAGAAACUUUCACAACACCAAAAACCAUCAUCACCACAGCAGCAGCAACAAAAACCAUCAUCACCACAGCAGCAGCAGCAGCAACAAAAACCAUCAUCACCACAGCAGCAGCAAACCAUCAUCACAACAGCAACAACAAAAACCACCAUCACAACAGCAACAACAAAGACCACCAUCACAACAGCAACAACAAAAACCCCUUCACAACAGCAACAAGAACCACCAUCACAGCCACCACCACCACCUCCACAGCGCCUACAUCAAAAUAAACCUUAAACAAAGUAACAGACUAAGGAAAAACAGGAAUUUUUGUUAAUACCAGGUUGUGACUGUUCUGUUCUGUGACAGGUGAUUGGUUUGGUGUAGGGUAUAGGUGUAUUUCUGGACAGAAAAGAUUCAGUUUCUCUGUAAUUAUUUGCAAGUCUGCACAUUUUUUUUCAUUUGCCUUAAAGAUUUAUAUUUUUUAUAUUCUUGUACUUUGCCUGGGGGCAGUUAUUCCAUUGAAAAUUACCAUGCACAUGGCAUGAUUUACAGUGUUGCCAUAUACUAACAAGACCACCAAAGGAGUAGCUAAUGUAAACAUCCAAAUAAAAUACUAAAAUAAUUGUCAUUUUAUAUAGAUUAUGUUACUUGGUGUAAUAUGGCAUAGGGUUGACCAUACUUAUGUUCUGAAUAGUAAUUUCAGCAGUAGGAAACUGAGUGUACAUUUGAUAUCGUGGUUGUUGAUGUAUGAUUGGAUAGCAACAACGAUAAUUAAUUUAAGGAACUUUUUAUUAAUUUCUUCACACAUUCCUUUGGCCAUGUUUUCCAAAUAUGAAGUAGCUGUUGGUUAUAAUCUUUUGAUCUAGUUGAUAUAUUUUCGAUAAUUGUUGCAGUUAUAUUUAUGCUAAGCUACAUUAUGGGCAGCUUUGUUAUAUGUGUUUGUUUUUCGCAUAUUAUUUUAUGACAUUAAAAUAAUUUGUUAUUGAUGA